GGACGGUCGCUGAAGCGAUUGGCGCAGCCGACAACGGAGGGCUGUCUCGUAAUAGUUUCAAACGCGAACUAAGAGGGACAGAAGGAAAAGGAGAGGAAUGGGAAAACCUGAGGCGGAGGCGGGACCAAGGAAAAGACAGGCUUCGCCGGUUCAUUAGAAGCUGAGGGGCGGCUCUUGAGUUCUCCUUCCUCGGGAUUAGUCCAAUUCAGGAGCAGGGGGCGGGUACUCAGGAAGAGCGGCAGAAGCGCCUGCUUCGAUUGGCCAGGCCUGGCGGGAGGCGGAGCGCUCGCGGCGGCUGAUUGGUGCGGGAGCCCAGGGUUGAACUGACAUGGCUCGAGCCUGACAUUCCAUAAUCCGGGAUCCUGACGGGCACACACAGACUGCUGCUGUGGCUGCUGUGACCUAACACCACGAGGCUGUCCAGGGCUGAGAGACGAGGCAUUCCCUCUGCCUGGAUGUGUGAGAACUCCCUGCCAACUUGAUUGGCGGAUCUGGGGGGGAUCCACCCCCACCCCAGGAGAAGAGCAGUCUAUUUAGUGCGUGGAGCUUCAGGUGCCAGCCAACUGAAGGAUGGCCACUCCUGUCGUCACCAAGACAGCCUGGAAGUUACAGGAGAUUGUCGCCCACGCCAGCAAUGUGUCCUCGCUGGUGCUGGGCAAAGCCUCUGGGAGGCUGCUGGCUACCGGUGGAGAUGACUGCCGAGUCAACCUGUGGUCCAUCAACAAACCCAACUGCAUCAUGAGCCUGACGGGUCAUACAUCCCCAGUGGAAAGUGUCCGCCUCAACACCCCAGAGGAGCUCAUCGUGGCUGGCUCCCAGUCAGGCUCCAUCCGCGUCUGGGACCUAGAAGCUGCCAAAAUUCUUCGCACGCUUAUGGGCCACAAAGCCAACAUCUGCAGCCUGGACUUCCACCCAUAUGGCGAGUUUGUAGCCUCGGGUUCACAGGACACAAACAUCAAGCUCUGGGACAUCAGGAGGAAAGGCUGUGUCUUCCGAUACCGGGGACACAGCCAAGCUGUGCGAUGCCUCCGGUUCAGCCCUGAUGGGAAGUGGUUGGCAUCGGCUGCAGACGACCACACAGUGAAGCUCUGGGAUCUGACUGCUGGCAAGAUGAUGUCCGAGUUCCCUGGCCACACAGGGCCUGUCAAUGUGGUGGAGUUUCACCCCAAUGAGUACCUCCUGGCUUCCGGCAGCUCUGACAGGACCAUCCGGUUCUGGGAUCUGGAGAAGUUCCAGGUGGUGAGCUGCAUCGAAGGAGAACCAGGGCCUGUCAGGAGCGUCCUCUUCAACCCCGAUGGCUGCUGCCUAUACAGUGGCUGCCAGGACUCACUGCGCGUCUACGGCUGGGAGCCUGAGCGCUGCUUUGACGUCGUCCUAGUCAGCUGGGGCAAGGUGGCUGACCUGGCCGUCUGCAACGACCAGCUGAUAGGCGUGGCCUUCUCCCAGAGCAACGUCUCCUCUUAUGUGGUGGACCUGACACGGGUCACCAGGACAGGCACGGUGGCCCAGGACCCUGUGCAGGACAGCCGGCCCCUGGCACAGCAGCCGGCCCACCCCAGUGCCCCUCUUCGGCGCAUCUAUGAACGGCCCAGCACAGCCUGCAACAAGCCUCAGAGGGUGAAGCAGAAUUCAGAGAGUGAGCGCCGAAGCCCCAGCAGCGAGGACGACCGGGACGAGCGGGAGUCUCGGGCCGAGAUCCAGAACACCGAGGAAUACAACGAGAUCUUCCAGCCCAAGAACAGCAUCAGUCGGACACCACCCCGAAGAAGUGAGCCCUUCCCAGCACCCCCUGAGGAUGACAUGGCCACAGCCAAGGAGGCGGCAAAGCCCAGCCCAGCCACGGACUCGCAGUUCCCGGUGCCAAAUCUCGAGGUCCUGCUCCGGCCCCCGGCUGUCACUUCCACUCCUGUGCCCAAGGCUGAGCCUGCCAUCAUCCCAGCUACCCGGAAUGAGCCCAUCGGGCUAAAGGCGUCUGACUUUCUGCCCGCCGUGAAGAUCCCCCAGCAGGCGGAGCUGGUCGACGAGGACGCCAUGUCACAGAUCCGCAAAGGCCACGACACCAUGUGUGUGGUACUUACCAGCCGCCACAAGAACCUGGACACCGUGCGGGCUGUGUGGACCACGGGUGACAUCAAGAUGUCAGUGGACUCGGCUGUGGCCAUCAAUGACCUGUCCGUGGUCGUGGACCUCCUUAACAUUGUCAACCAGAAAGCCUCCCUGUGGAAGCUGGAUCUGUGCACCACGGUCUUGCCGCAGAUCGAGAAACUUCUGCAGAGCAAGUAUGAGAGCUAUGUCCAGACCGGCUGCACCUCCCUGAAGCUGAUCCUGCAGCGGUUUCUGCCCCUGAUCACUGACAUCCUAGCAGCACCCCCCUCUGUGGGUGUAGACAUCAGCCGGGAGGAGAGGCUACAGAAGUGCCGGCUCUGCUACAAGCAGCUCAAGAGCAUCAGUGGCCUCGUCAAGAGCAAGUCAAGUUUGAGUGGCCGUCAUGGCAGCGCUUUCCGAGAGCUGCACCUACUCAUGGCCAGUUUGGACUGAAGAGCUCUCGGCCUGGCCUCAGCCCCUAAUCCUGUCCCCUGUGCGCUCCUGGGCCCAGGAGCCUCUGCCCAGCCCCCGCUGCAGCCCUGUGCCACCCUGGAGGCGGCAGCGCUGGCCCACCAGCCACCUGCACAGCCCCCAAGCUCUCAGACAACUUCUCCCCAGCAGCGGCUGCCCAGCUUUGCCAACUCCCGCUUCUUGGGGCAGCAAAGAGCGCCCUGGGGCUGCUGCUGUAAUUUAUAAGGUCAAUUUUAUUAAAUUUGUAACUAUUC